UGAACAAUCCAUUGCAAGUGCUAGGGCAAGUGUGAUGAUAUAUGAUGAUAUAAAUAAAAAAUGGGUACCAUCGGGAUCGUCUUCAGGUCUUUCAAAGGUUCAUAUAUAUCAGCAUACGGUGCACCAGACGUUUCGGGUGGUUGGAAGAAAGCUUCAAGACCAUGAGGUUGUCAUCAACUGUGCCAUUCUAAAAGGACUGAAAUACAAUCAAGCCACAUCCACGUUCCAUCAGUGGCGAGACAAUAAGCAAGUUUAUGGUUUGAAUUUCAGUUCCAAGGAAGACGCGGAUUGUUUUGCCAGGGCGAUGUUUCAUUCAUUAGAAGUACUUAGCAACGUAGUUAGGCAUACUGCUCCAUCCCAAUAUGCACCACCCACCCCGCAAGUUCAGCAAAUUCCUCAACAACAACAGCAGCAGCAGCCCCCUCCCCAGAUUCAGAUGCAACAGCAGCAUCAGCCGCCGCAGCCCCCUCAGAUGCCUCUGCAGGCCCAGUACGACGAAGACAUGGGAUAUCGCACAAUGACCCGAGAAGACGUAGCCAUUCUCCAAGAAAGGAGGAUAUCGACCAACGUGAUAUCUCCCCAGCCCACGUCGCCCAUGACUCCGCAACAAAACAACGUGCCUGUGCCCCCCGUGAUGCCCCACGGAGCUCCCAGUCCGGUAUCACCUCCUCAGAUGGCUCCAGCUAGUCAACCCGGGCAUCAGCGCGCUGUGAGCGGUCCUCCAGCUCCUCCCCCACCUCCUGGACCUCCGGGGCCGCCGGUUGCGGCCGCAGCACCUCCGCCGCCACCUCCUCCCCCUAUGAAUAUGUCUAGGUCGCAAAGUAGCGACGGUGGAGAGGUUAAUUCUUUGGCUGCGCAAUUGCAGAAUGCGAGACUCAAAAGGAAUAGUAAG